AAGAGCAUCUUUUUGGCUGAAAGGAGACAUGUAGAAAGGAUGUUUCUGAUUUUUUGUUUGCAUUUAUUUUUGCCUUCACAGAAUAUAAUCAAAUGAGGCACCUUAGCCAGCCUGGGUGAUUGCUUCGAGUCUUAUAAUCAUCUGUGUAGCAAAGUGGGUAAAAUUAUUCAAUUUCUUCCCUGCUGGACCUGGAAGGCGAGAGGCUGUGUGUUCAUCCCCACCCAUUAGCUAUGCCCUCUUUUCUCUGAAUGUCGAUUUAAGGAAGCAAGCACCUGUCUUCUGCCACUGCAUCUUCCUAGCAAACUUUAAAGGCCAUUUUAUCUGAUAGAAAGAACAUCAAGAAUGCUCUGAUCUCUAGUGAUGAAGAAUCUGGGAGUGGACACUUUCCCCAUCCAGAUACAAUGCACUUUAAUUGAAGAAAAACUGAGCUGAAGUACAAGUCUAUUUCUUAUGGUGCUGGAUGAUUCCUACAGAACUGCCCUGAGAUCAGCCGCGAGAGAGGGCUCUGACAGACACAAGUCACCUUCUGAAUAUUGCACUUAGCUGUCCCUGGGGACUUAAAAUUUUGGAAGUGUUCCUUUCCACAUGAAAUCCUCCAAGAUGAUGAGCUCCAAUCCCGAGGAAGACCCUUUGGACACAUUUCUCCAAUACAUUGAGGAUAUGGGGAUGAAGGCCUAUGAUGGCUUGGUUAUUCAGAACGCAUCAGACAUUGCUCGAGAGAACGAUCGCUUGAGAAACGAGACAAACCUGGCCUACUUGAAAGAGAAGAAUGAAAAACGCCGAAGACAGGAAGAAGCAAUAAAACGCAUAGGUGGAGAAGUGGGGCGAGGCCACGAAGGAACUUACGUGGGCAAACAUUUCCGCAUGGGAUUCAUGACAAUGCCCGCGCCCCAGGACCGGCUGCCCCAUCCUUGCUCCAGUGGCUUCUCUGUCAGGUCGCAGUCACUGCAUUCGGUUGGGGGCACAGACGACGACAGCAGCUGUGCCUCUCGGAGACAACCACCCCCCAAGCCCAAGCGGGACCCCAGUACCAAGCUGAGCACGUCAUCUGAGACGGUCAACAGUACGGUGGCCAGCAAGAGCGGGAAAGGCCCCGAGCGGACCGAAGUGUCAACCAAACCAAGACCCCACAGUGAUGAAUAUUCAAAGAAGAUUCCUCCUCCCAAACCAAAACGGAACCCAAACACUCAGCUCAGCACAUCUUUUGACGAAACGUAUAUCAAAAAGCACGGACCCAGGAGGACCUCUCUGCCGCGGGAUUCCUCACUCUGCCAGGUCAGCAGCCCCGCGGGGGACCCCGAGGAGGAGGAGCCCGUGUACAUUGAGAUGGUGGGGAACAUUCUCAGAGACUUCCGGAAGGACGAUGAGGACCAGAGUGAGGCCGUCUACGAAGAAAUGAAAUACCCCAUUUUCGACGAUCUCGGCCAAGACUCAAAAUGUGACCUCGACCAUCACAGCUGUUCUCCGCAGUGUGCUACCCCCACGGUGCCUGACCUGGACUUGGCCAAACCCUCAGUGCCAUGUACUCCGAAGGGUUUGCUCUGUGACAUCCCCCCGCCCUUCCCCAACCUGCUGUCUCAUAGACCCCCGCUGCUCGUGUUCCCCCCGGCGCCGGUGCAGUGCUCCCCCAACUCGGAUGAGUCUCCGCUCACCCCGCUGGAGGUCACCAAGCUUCCUGUGUUGGAGAACGUGUCUUAUAUGAAACAGCAGGCCGGGGCCUCUCCAUCUUCCUUGCCGUCGCAUGCCUCUGGCCAUGCGAAACUGGAGAAAGAUCAGGCUGGAGCCGUGGGGCCGGUUCCGGCCGCCUCCGUGCUCUCCUCGUCCCCUCCCCCGCCCUCCACUCUGUACCGAACGCAGUCUCCCCACGGCUACCCCAAAAGCCACUCCGCCUCCCCGUCGCCUGUCAGCAUGGGCAGGUCCCUGACCCCGCUCAGCCUCAAAAGGCCCCCGCCCUACGACGCCGUGCAUUCGGGCAGCCUCUCCAGGAGCUCGCCAGCAGUGCCUCACUCCACCCCCAGACCGGUGUCAGACGGCGGCAAGAUGGUCAACGCCGCGGUCAACACCUACGGCUCGGCCCCGAGCGGCUCCCGCUCCAGAACCCCCACCAGUCCUUUGGAAGAGUUAACCAGCCUCUUUACCUCGGGGCGCAGCCUGCUGAGAAAGUCGUCCAGCGGCCGCCGCUCUAAAGAACCCGCAGAGAAAUCCACAGAGGAGCUGAAGGUUCGGAGCCACAGUACGGAGCCAAUACCAAAGUUGGACAGCAAAGAGAGAGGCCAUCACGGGGCAUCGUCCUCCAGAGAGCCCAUCAAAGCUCAGGAAUGGGAUGGGACCCCUGGACCACCUGUGGUCACCAGCAGACUGGGAAGAUGCUCCGUGAGCCCCACAUUACUAGCAGGAAACCACAGCUCAGAACCGAAAGUAAGCUGCAAACUGGGGCGGUCGGCAUCCACAUCAGGUGUGCCCCCUCCAUCUGUUACUCCUCUCAGGCAAGCCGGUGACCUGCACCAGAGCCAGGUGGCAUGCAUGCAGUGGUUUCAUGGAGACCAUACAAUGCUUGAGAUGAUUGAGAAAAAGCGUUGCUUGUGCAAGGAAAUAAAAGCUAGACAGAAAACGGAAAAGGGGCUUUGCAAACAGGAUAGCAUGCCUAUCCUACCCAGCUGGAAGAAGAAUGCAGGUGCAAAGAAAUACAGCCCUCCACCCUAUUCUAAACAGCAAACGGUAUUCUGGGAUACGGCCAUAUGACUGUGUGCAGGAUGGCGUGAGCUCCACGUUACUGAACACGAAGAGGGAGGUCGACUUGGCCAUGUGAUGAGUAACUGUUACACAUCUUCUCAGUCAGAAUGGAAUGCCAGUGGUUCCCUGGAAACCCCAUGGGAAGCUAUGCCUGUUCGUGGCGAGUUCAAGAUAAAAUGCGUAUUUCCUUGCAUUUAAGGCACACUUAUUUAUCAUGGAUUAUUUUGAAUCCAGAAGAUAUUGAGAUGUAAAUAUUUUACUAGUUUAUGGGUGACACCUGAAAUAAUACACAUUAUACGUAUACAAAUGAUAGAAAUACCAAGAGUUUUACUAUAUGAUACAAUUUCGGUAUUAACUGGUUUAUUAUCUCUUUUAUAUGUCCCUUGAUGCCUUUGAUGAUUAAUUUUUGCAUUUAAAGUGUUUUUCUUUCUUCCCACAUUUGGUUUCUGUACACUAGCUCAUGUAUGAAUUAUGUUCAAUCACAUAAUAUAUGAUCUGGUGCUAGUAAUGUAGAAGUUGAAUAUCACAUCGUUAAAAACAUCUGUUUGUUGCUUUGUACCUUUUUAAGGGUUUGAUGGGAAAUGAAUGCCAAUGUGCUGCUGAAUUUGGACAUCCCCAUUACAUCAGCACUGAUAUUUUUGCUGCAUUGGCUUUAUAAGAAUUUCUCUUCAAAUGUCGUCUUGUUUAUACUAAGCAAUGAUGAGUCAGACUCCAGAGAAAGUUCCUAGGGUAUAUUUGGACAUCCCAGCAGAAAACAUUUCUUUCAGAAAUGACUUUAGGGAGACAUGUCCUUGCAUCAUUGAUCUGAUUGGAGGAGACCAGGGUUCACUGUGACGAUGGAAGGGACACGGAAUAGAAGGCGAAACAGCACGACUGCUUUCAAGAAGGUGAGACCAGUGGCUUCAGAGCUGCCGCAGUCGCUACUUUUGAGUAACUUUUCACGUGUAUGUUUGUUUCCCCUAGAAAUGAUCAAUUAACAUUCAAUCAGAUGAGUUUGCAUAUUUCAGUACACUAAAUGCCAAGCUUUCUCAAAAUCUAGAUGGCUGAAUGGAGUAGUAUUUCAUGUUAACUUUUCAAUGAGUUAUCACCCUAUUUGGGGGGUUAAUCUUUUGUGCAUGUUCAUCACAUUCUUACCGAUGAUGACACCAUGACCAAAGAAUUAUGACCAAUUGUUUAUUUUAUUUUAUUUCAAGGAAGAAACAGGAAAUGCAGGGGAUGGGAGAUGGGGUGGAUUCAAUUUUUGUGGUGGUAAAGUUUAAGUUAAACAAAUCAUAUAUAUCUUUUAAGAGUAACUUGUUAGUUGAAUAUAAAUAACCCCAUGGAGGAAUAAAAAGGAAACUAUCAUAUAUAUUUUGUAUAUUUAAAUUACUAUUUAUGCUUCCAAAAAAUGGACAGUAUGUGAUUCUUCUUUAACAAUCAAUUUAGUAUUAUAUUUCUGAGAGAAAAGGUAUGUGUUUGAAGUUGUUGUCAUAGUGGUUUUCCUUGUAAGGGUUUUGACAGCAAUAGCACAGUGCUGCUCAAUAUAACCAAAUAUAACAGGAUGUAGGGGAAUUUUGUAAUCUAUAUUGCUAAAGACCUAGUAAUGCUUUAUCAGUAAUAGUUUCUUUCAAGCCUUUGAAAUGUUAUAAAAUAAUUUUUUAAUAUUUUAUAAUUAAUGUAUAUUUUGAUGCCCAACUAGAAUUCUGAAAGAAUAAGGGAACUAAGGUGAGUGGGAGCAUGUGUAUCUGUUAUGUGUGUUUGUGUACACUACACGUGAAUGAGUACUCAGUGGGGGAACUGUAUACAUAAAAUGCUCACUGAUGUUUGAAAUUUUGCUUGUAUCAUUGAGGUGGAAAAAAACAAAAGCAGAGUCGCAGGUUAGUACAUGAAAUCAUGGAGAGAUCUUAAGUAGCUUAAAUAGAUCCUGCUGUCAUAUUUCACCAGUUAUAGAUUAUGUUUCAAACCCCCAAAUCAAUGGAGUACAAAUCUAAGAGUGGUGAAAAUGUGUUAAGGUAAAACUAAGAAUUGACAUUAAAUGUGUUUAUGACUCAAAUUAUUAUCCUGAUUUAAGUUAUUAUGACCACAUAUACUCAAGCCCAUGAAUUAGAUAUGUGUAAGCCAUCAAUGCUUAGCAUCUUUAUGAUGAUCUUGAUACACAUACAUAUAUGUCAUAUGAAUAUGUCAAGCUUGAUCUAAUUACGAUUGGAUAAUUCCCUUGAAAUUUUCAUUUAAGUAAAACACACUGGUGUGUUUUUCAAAUGCCCAUCAUUACCAUAUCUCUCGGAAUUAGGCAGAAGAUAUUUUUUAAUGCUGGCCACUUGUCAAGAAGGAAAUAGAGCUAACAAAAUGAUUUGUGUUGGGUUCAGCCAUUUCCAUUUGUUCUGCCAAACCAAUGCUGGUGCCAGGUUUCACACUCCCUUUUCAAGCAAGUUAUUUUCUGAGAAGGUAGCUUCUCUGAAAAUCUGACCUUAGGCAACCAUUUCCAUUUACUGUCUCCAAAUCUUGCCUUCAGUGGGAAGUAACUGAAAGAUCUGGAAAAGCAGCUUCACUGAUAUUUAACUUAAGAAAUGACAUUUUAUACCUAUAAAAUUCUUCACUGUAGUUUAGCCUAUAUGGCAAUAGUUAUUAUAUAAUUGAUUUCCUUUUUGUGCAACAUUUCUUUAUGUGGAAAAAAAGAGGUCAUUAGGAUAAAAAAGAAAAAUAAACUUACUCUCUGAUGGUAGCUAUUUAGGGCACUUAUACCUAUGAAUUUAGUCAAAUGAUAAAAAACUCCACCUACAGCCAGAACACUAUGGAGUGAUAAAACUCCAUAUGCUAUUUUUUUUUUCUUAGCAGUGCCAAAGAACAAAUCAUAUCAUUGUAUGGUUACCAGUUGAAAGCUCAGCCCUAUUAAAAAUGAUCAUUUCAGAGCAAAGUUUAUAGAAACAGAACUUUAUUGGCUGUCAGCAAGAUGCUUUUAUAUGUGAACAACGUCUUAGAAGACACACAUUUCUUUAGAAUUGAUGGAAGGGAAAUAUCAAAUCCUGUUUUCUAUCCAGUCUCAGAAGCCAGCAUUUUCUGAAGUAUAACAGUAGAAUAGUUCUUUAUGUAAACACUGCCAACAUUUCCCCCUAGUGUUGAUACUAUGGAAGCAAGUUUGGAGUGAAAACUGAUUGAUCUGUGGAAAAGGUAAUGCCCACUCCACAAAAAUAGAUGUUAUAAUGAAACAAUGCAAAAUAUUAAGAGAUUAGAAUGUGUAGUUUUAAAGACUGUAAGUAUUCAGACACAUGGUAAUUGAAUGGAUAUAGCCAGAUACAACUUUGCUUUUCAAAGCAGUGACACUGGGACUUCAGAGACCCCGAGGUCCCAAACGGGUUUCUUUCAAUUCUUCUGGAGAGAAACAUUUUUCUUAUUAUAUUUUGGUUUAGGCCGCAUCCUUAUAUCUAAAGUGGUUUGACACUUAUGAGCAAGUUUGGUGACCAAAUUAAUAAAACUAAACAACUCUAUUGUUUUAAUUAAAUCAGACAUCAGAACAAUGCACAUACAAUACAAUUUCAAUAUUACAUCUAUGUUAAGUUGACUUACUUACCUAAAAUUGAAAAGUAAUUGUAAGCUAAUUAUGGCUACUUAUAAAAUUAAGGAAAAAUUUCUAUGAUAUUAACAGCAAAUUAUCUGAGGUGAGAGGGAAUUCACCCUUGCAAAGAAGUAGAAGUAGAAUAGAAAAGCAAUUCACCAUUCAUUGCAUCCCAAGCUUAAAUGGAAGUGAAAAAAAAAAAAAGGUACUUAUGUUCUUAAGCUUAACUCACUGAAUCUUCUUUGUAAGGGAAAAAUUAUAGCUAACUCUGGAAUGUGAGCAAUUUGCUAUUAAUCCACUAUUCAUUUAACAGUUCAUUAUUGAGCAACUUAUAUAUCAGCUAUUCUAAAGCAUUUCUAAAGCAUUUGACAUUAAGCAUUCAGAAAAACAUGGUCCCUGCCUUCAAGGAGUUUCAUUAUACAAUCAUUAAUAGUUUCAAAACAGAGUUUUUAAGAAGAUAUACAAUAUCAUAUGUGUUUGACAUCUCUUAUGUGUUUCUAUAUGUGUUUCUAUAUGUUUUUCCCGGAUCAAGUGUAUAGUCAAAAUCAAAUGCUAAACAUACUAAAGUUGAUGUCUAAAUAUAAAAUAUGUUUAUGUGUAAACCUCUAUGUGUACACAUAGGAUAUGUACUGCUGUCUAUGUAAAUCAGUAAAAGAAUAAUGCAUUUUGCCAUGUUGGACUUUGAACAUUAUAGCUUGGAGUUUGGAUUGAUUUAAAACCUUUUGAUAUUUGGGUCAAUGACAUUGUAGCAAGAUAUGUGUUACCUGGGUAAAAAUGUCUGAGUAUAUUUCCCUUUAAAUAUUAUAAAGUUUUAAAUUUAAGGGAAAACAUCUUUACAGUAAUAUUGUUGGAUUUAUCUCAACCAAACCAAUGUGAAAAUCUUCUUGAAGUUUUCAAUUAUUCCCAAAUAUGACUGGGUUUGCCCACCCUAAAAGCAUUUACAUUUACACAUGUAUACACCCACAUACAGUAUACAUACUGUAUAUAAUAUAUAUGAAAGUGUUUAGUAUGCACUUCUGUUUGGAACUCCUUCAGUUAACAUUUAUAGUGUAGCAAUUUGUGUGAAGUGCACUGUGAUUAUAAAAGACAAAGCACAGUAAAGUCACAGGUCUUGUUAUCUUGCACUAAAAAUGUGUUUACGUAUUUAGCAGUUGUAUGUUUACUUUCUUGCUGUUUUCAAGAAAUUGAAACAAAUAGCUAUUGAGAAAAAUGAUAUCAAAUAAUAUGUUUUUUAGUGGAUAAUGGCACUACACUUUUAAAAGACAGGGUUUUUUAAAGAAACCAUUAACAUCGAUUCAACAUCACAUGUUUACUGUAUUUAAAAAUUUGAAUGUCAUAUUGCAUUUUUCAUAACUCAUUAAAAAUGUCAGGUAUGUGCCUGAAAAGUUGUGCAAAUAAGCAUUAGAUAACAGAUUUCUCUACUCAUGUGUUGUUAGCCAUUUCUAUAUACACAUUAAUAUAAACACUGAUGUUUUAAUUUCUUUUAAUUUUUGUACUUGAUUUUUUAGGUAAUAUGUAACUAUAAAUGUACUUUGAUACUACUGAAGUAACCAGAUGUUGUUUGAAAACAAAUUGUUUUCUUUAGUGCAUUGGCAAUAUUUUGCAAUACUUUUGUGCUUAUUUAUUUGUGCUCCCGUGUAAUUAUAAUAAAAGCAAUAGUUU